AUGAAUGACUACAAACUUGAAGAAGACCCUGUAACUAAAGAGAGAACUUUCAAGAGAUUCGCUCCAAGGAAAGGAGACAAAAUAUACAAAGAAUUUAAAAAAUUCUUUUUCUAUUCUGAUGCUUACAGACCUUUGAAAUUCGCGUGUGAGACGAUAAUAGAAGAGUAUGAAGAUGAAAUAUUCUCACUUAUCGCCCAGGAGGCAGACCAUCUAGCUGACAAGCUGUGCAGUGAAAAAUCAGCUGAAGAGAAUCACAUGUGGAGGCAGCUCAUGGCUAUAGCCAAGCACAUGGGAACAGCACCCUAG